UUACUUUCAAUAACAGUUCAUUAAUAUUAAUUUUUUUGUUAAAUUUUAAUAAUCUUUAAAUUUUUAUAUAUUAAUAAUGGGUUUAAGUGGUGCUGAAAAGGCUUUAGUCAAGAGUACAUGGGAUGCCUAUGUGGCCGAUACACCGGGCAAUGGAUCGGACUUUUUUGUUAGAUUAUUCUCGGAGAACCCCUCAUUCCUGGCCCUAUUCAAGUCGUUCCCACCCUCUGAUGAACUCCCGGGUCAUAAAGAGGUCGUCAAACAGGCGGUCAUAGACUUCCAGUUCAUAUCGAAACUGCUGGAUAACGUGGACGAAAAUCCCGGUGCUUUCGAGGAGGCCCUCCAGAAACUGGCAGUUACUCAUAAAAAGCGUAAUAUUACAGCAGAUAUGUUUGAGAGGUUCCGGGUCACCCUAUUUGGUGCCCUGACGGACAAGUUGGGCGCCGGUGUCAUGACAGGAGAGGUAGUCCAGGCGUGGACUAAGUUUUAUGCGGCUAUUGUGGCGGUGGUUACACCCGGAUUGCUCACGGAAAAUCCGACAUACAUACCGUAUUUUAAAGUUUUCAAAAUUCAAAAUGGCGACCUCCAGGCACUCCGGGGUACCCCUGAGAUGCUAAAACAGACCGAGUUGAAUUUUAAUUUUUUUGGGAAACUCGUUAAUGGUAUCGGCAAUGACGAGCCCUUUAAAGGUGAUCUGGUCAAAUUGUCUGUUAGACAUAAGGCUUACAGGAUCACCCUGGAUAUGUUUAAUACACUUGGCGGGGUCAUAUUGGCUGAGUUGGCUGAUAAGUUAGGGUCGGACCUGUAUACUAGUGAGGCUAAUGCAGCAUGGCUAAAGUUUUACACUAAUAUUGUCAAGAUUGUUGAGCCUGGCUUAUAAGCGAGAUCAGUUGUUAUUUUAUAAUUUUUAAUUUUUGUAUAACAAUUGUUUUGAAAUAUUAUACUUGGAU